AUGUCCACCGGCAACCCGCCAGAGCCUACAACCGGCGCACCGCAAAAGGUCGACGAUUCCUACGCCGAGAGCAAGGCUAAGUUCGAAAGCAAAGCGAAGAGCGAGUACUUCGAUCCAUGCCAAGAGCUCGCCCAGAAGAGCAUCAAGUGCCUGCACCGAAACGGUGGCGACAAAACCAUGUGCGGUGACUAUUUCCAGUAA